AUGAGUUUGGGUCUUGCCGGGGAUGAUGACGAUGACGAUGAUAAUGAUGAUGAUGAUGAUAAUGAAAGCAAGAGAGUGGUGGUAAUGAAAUGGUGGCAGCUACAAUUAAGGGAUCAGGCGACUAGCACCGCGCCUGGCAGCCCCUGCCUAGCACUCGCCCACACCAAGGCCUCCGUCUCGGAGCUCGCCUGUAUCUACUUGGCCCUCAUCCUGCAUGACGAUGAGGUGACGGUCACGGAGGAUAAGAUCAAUGCCCUCAUUAAAGCAGCCGGUGUAAAUGUUGAACCUUUCUGGCCAGGCUUGUUGGCAAAGGCUUUGGCCAAUGUCAACAUCAGGAGCCUCAUCUGCAACGUGGGGGCAGGUGGACCUGCCCCAGCAGCUGGUGCUGCCCCAGCAGGAGGUCCCGCCCCCUCCACCACUGCUGCCCCAGCUGAGGAGAAGAAAGUGGAAGCAAAGAAAGAAGAAUCUGAAGAGUCUGAUGAUGACAUGGGCUUUGGUCUUUUUGACUGAACCUCUUUAGUAACACGUUCAAUAAAAAGCUGAGCGCAAAAAAAAAAAAAA